CGAAAUCUUGGAAUGAAGAUACGUUAAUCUUCUACAUGAUGAUACACUAUUGUUUCCUUCGUAUUUUCAAUUCAUUCCUUAUUUUCUCUUCAUAUUUCAUUUUCACAUUUUCUCUACAUAUUUUCUCAUCAUUCUGCAUUCUGACAAUCAAUACUUCUAACGCGGGGAACAUCCACAGACAGAAAGUCAAGGAGAAGACUAUUGAAAUGAGCCUUCAGCCUCAAGGAUUGUCUGCAGCUGAAAAAGGCUUAGGAGAACUCUUGAAAAUCGAAACAAAAGGAAAAAUCGAACUCCGAAAAGAUAAAACCUUGAGGCAUCCAAAGCAAGCUCCGUCAGCUGCGAAAGAAGGCUCCAAUGAACUUGAGAUCUGUAUUUGCAGAUGGAAGCUGCAAUGAGACAAUCACCACCCCAAGGAUAACCAGCUGCUGAGGACGAUUCUGAGGGGACGAUAUAUUUGAUCUGGCAACUAAAGACUCUUAAUAUACUAAUUACUUGUCAUAUGGAAAGAGAAGAAGAUUUAUUGUUAACAAUAUUAUUAAAAGAAAUUGAUUUUAAGGAUUCAAACUCCAGUAUAAAUAUGUCCCAUUUUUGCCGGAUGUCUCAAAAUAGUGAAAAGUGAAAGAUAGAAUUUAAAAUCUUAUAUUAUCGACUUUGCUUUUUAUACUUUUUAAAUUCCGAUUUAAAAUAUUAAUUUUAUAGAUUGUUCACAU